AUGCGAUAUCGAUUGGGAGACGUAGUCACAUGUACAAGACUCUUGUCUCAACAUAAUGAUACAGUUCCAAUACCAUCUGAACAAAUAAAACUGACUCGAAUACCACUCAUAUCUGUUGCAUAUCGUGCUGGAAACCUUCUUAAUGUAGGUGGAGAAAAUACAACUGAACAACACUUGCUGGACGCUCUUCGUCAAACUGUCCAAAUAUGGAAACAACAAAAUAUUGAUGUUGAUAUUUGUGAUUUUACACUAUAUCCGCAAUUAGAUAUGUUUCCAACUCGAUAUGUUAUGUUCUUAGAAUUGAUUGACCCAAAUUCUCAUCAUGAAAAUAAAGCAAUCAAUAGACAACAUCCAAUAUUGCAAAAUAAAGACGCUUUAUCGGAAAUUGAACGACAACUCUGUCAAUCAAACCAUAUCUAUAGAGAUCAUCGUAAUGCUGAAAAACUUGGCUCAUUUCGUUCUAUUCUGGUUCGACCUGGAACAUUUUCUAUGUUCUUACAAAAAAUAUUAGUGACCGAUCAUGUCAGUCCCGUUCAAGUCAAACCACAUCGAUUAUUGAAGAAUAAAGAACAUAUUCGAUUCUUUUAUGAUACACGUAUACUUAUUGGUUGUGGUGCAUGCUAUAAUUUUACAUCUAAAAAUUUUGUUAAAUAUCAUGAUUUAGCAACUAGUAGUGUUGCAAGUGUUUCUGUUGCUGUUGCUAAUGGGAUUAAAUCAUAUAGCGAUCAAGCAUUGGUGAAUUUUGAAUUACAAUUAGAUAGAUUUAGUGAUAGAAUAACAUUAGCUUAUUUAUUUCCGAUAAAACCUUAUACAAGUUAUGAUUUAAUAUUAGGUCUACCAUGA